AUGCAUUAUUAUUUGUGUAAUUUUCUGAGAGAGGCUACGUCGUUAGUUAAUAUUCGACGACAAGCGAUUAGGUUUUGUUGUCGGUUUUUACAAGCUGUGUUUGAUCAAAUUAUGGCUGAAAUUCAAGCGUCAAUGCUGAUGCCCAUGGAUCUUGCAACAGAUUUGAAGGAGCAGCAGCCAAUGACAACACCUUUAGCUGUUAUCACAUCGGAAUCAACAACGCUUGCCUCACUUGUUCCAGUAGUUGCAAAUGGUGACCAGGAAGUGCCGAUGGUUGGCCCAGGAGGUGAACCCGAUUUUAAAAGAAUGAGGAUGGAGCCGGGAAGCGAUGCCCGUGCAAGGAGUCCCUCCCCAAUGCCCAUCCUUCCGCAGACUGGACCAGUACUUGCUGGUCCUGGAGCUAAGAAGGAGUCUCAAGGCCUCCCUAAGCUGACCGCUGACCAGCAAGACGCUCUGACCAGGGCCAAGAAAUUUGCAAUGGAGCAGAGUAUUAAGAGUGUACUGGUGAAGCAGACCAUAGCUCACCAGCAACAGCAAAUGUGUAACCUGCAAGUAGCCGCACAACGUCAACGUGCAUUGGCCCUCAUGUGUCGCGUUUACGUAGGCUCAAUAAGUUUUGAGCUGCGCGAGGACACCAUCCGGCAAGCUUUCCAUCCUUUUGGCCCAAUCAAGAGCAUAAACAUGUCUUGGGACUCGGUGACAAUGAAGCACAAGGGUUUUGCAUUUGUAGAGUAUGAUUUACCUGAGGCGGCACAGCUUGCCCUUGACCAAAUGAACGGGGUUGUCAUUGGUGGAAGAAACAUCAAGGUUGGACGUCCAAGCAACAUGCCCCAGGCUCAACCAGUAGUUGACCAAAUCAACGAAGAAGCCAAACAGUUCCCAAGAAUAUUCAUAGCAUCCAUUCAUCAGGACCUCUCUGCUGUUGAUAUUAAAAGUGUUUUUGAAGCAUUUGGAAAAAUCAAAUCCUGCACAUUACCAUGUGAUCCCGCUACUCCUGGAAAACACAAGGGAUACGGUUUUAUCGAGUACGAUAAGGUGCAGUCUGCAGGUGAUGCAAUCAACUCCAUGAACCUCUUUGACCUCGGUGGUCAGUACCUACGAGUCGGCAGGGCAAUAACACCACCAACACCAGCCCCAGCCGUUCCUUCAGGGCCAGGAGGCCUUCCUCCAGCUGCGGCUGUGGCUGCAGCCGCAGCAACUGCCAAGAUCCAGGCACUGGAUGCGGUGACUGGCCUAUCUACAUCUCUAUCUGUUACAGGAUCAGCAGGCCUUGGUCUGGCAGCCCCUCCACCACCCACUCUAGCAUCAAUGAUCCCACCAACCAAUCUACCGCAACCAGUCAUUACAUCUUCUGCACCAGGGGUCCUCACAGGUGUUCCCCCUAUAGUAACAACCACCGUACCUACUGCAAUCAUCAUGCCAAUGUCCACAACCAUUGCCACGGAUGUAUCACCAGUUGCUCCUGCUCCUGGUUCCACUGCCGAGGAAAUUAAGAAAAAACUGGAGAAAGAGAUGCCACAGACCUUGAGUGAACAAGAGAACAUGUCAAUCUCUGGGACCAACCAACGGCAUAUGGUUAUGCAGAGGCUACUGCGGAAGUCUGAGUCAAAUGUUGUAGUGUUGAGGAAUAUGGUAGACGUAUCAGAACUUGAUGACGACUUGGAAGGAGAGGUAACUGAGGAAUGCGGUCGAUUCGGUGUGGUGAAUCGCGUCAUCAUUUACCAAGAACGCCAAGGAGAGGAAGAUGAUGCAGACGUUAUUGUCAAGAUAUUUGUCAAGUUUAAUGAACCUGAAGAAGCCAACUCUGCUGUGGAGAACCUUAAUGGACGAUGGUUUGGUGGACGAAUGGUGCGAGCUGAAAUAUUUGAAAAGGAAAAAUUUGAAACGGGAGAUUUCUCAUGAGACUGAUUAGGACUUGAAAGUGAUGAUGAUGGUGUUGCUGAAAAGUGGGUGGGGGGGGGGUUUAUUGGACAUGCUUCAUUCACAGUGAUUACAUUACAAAAAUACUUCAUUGUAGCAUGGAAUUUUAUAUCAUGACUUCUUCAGAUCUUGUGGUAAAUGAAAAUUGUAAAACAUGAUAAAUUAAGGAUUUUUUAAACUUUUAAAUAAUCCUGCCAUGUUGUAAAAAGAAAUAUAUCAAUUUUGAAGUAUAUUAUGAUUUUUUUUUUAAUUACUGGUAUAAAUGAAAUACGUUGUGAACUAUUUAGAGAAAGUAUGCCAAUUACAGGUAUUAGUUGGAACAAAAUGAAUUAUUCCACUGUGUACUGGCCAUUGAAAAUUGUUGCUACAAUCUCGCACAACAGUUGUAAUGUACAUUUGUUGUGUUAAGGUUUAUAGAUAAUCUUGAAUCAUGGAGGUAAAGCUCACCAGACUGUACCCAAUGCCCUGAGCAAAAUUAUAAGCUAUGGAUUACACUUCCUGUGAUCCGCUUACUUGAGCCUCACCCUAUGAUAUUUUUGAUAUGGUCCCACAAACAAUAACCAUUCGUAAAUAAACCUGAGUAAUCAUAGUUCUGUCAUAAAUAUAAAUUUGUUAUGUUUGUUGUGAGACAUGCAUAUGAACCUGGGGCCCCAUCUGUUGAAUAAUGCUUCAAGAUUUGGAUGAAGCCAGCCAGUUGUGAAACGAGGAAAUAUUUUGGAGUCAUUAAAAGAACUUUUUAUUGAAAUUUGAGCUAACAAAAAGUGAAAGCAGUUGAUCAUGAGAUGGUCACUCUUUAGGUCGAUUUAUUUGUUCAUGUACCGUACAAAAGUUACCGUGAAUCGCACCGUAUUCAAUCAUAUAAUGAUAUUGUUACUUGGCAGUUUACAGUAUUGAUGUCGUGUUUUGUUGUAGGUUUGUUUUUUAUUUCACUGUCUCAUUUUUGUUACUGAUUUAAGCAAAGGAUACUUCCCCUCCGGUUUUGAGUGAGGAAUCUCCAUCAAUAGAUAGACCCAGACACCGAAUAUUAACUGAACCAUGUUUGUUAUUUAAAUGUUUUAAAUCAUUGGGGAACUUUUAAAGACUAAGAAUGAAUUAUAUAUCCGUUGUGGCAUGUUCAAGUUGUAAAUUAAAUUUUUAUGAAGUAAAAUAGUACA